GAACUGCCCAGCUUCUAAAUGCUCCGAAACAAGCACCCUUCACCAAAGCAGGAGCCCUUGGCGGUGAUGGCAGCCGCCCUGCAGGACCACAUCGUACAGGACCUGCAGCUGCAGGGCCUCUCCGUGGCUCCCCAGGCCCAGACCCAGGAACAGACACGGAGGGACCAGGCCACCCUCAAGGCCCUGCGGAGGAAUGCGAAAGCCGUGGUGGAUACGGGGCUGCGGAGAAGUGUGCGGCCCCUGCCCACGGCCCAUCCAGAGACAGAGACAGAGGCCGUGCUGUACCCCAGACGGCCCCCGCUGUCCCUGGCACAGAAGCUGGGGCUACUGUCCCCACCACCUCCACCGCUGUCGCCUGCCAGCUGGGAGCAGGUGAAGCAAAGGUCUGUGGUUGAGGGCGACUCGAAGCGCCCAUGUCCGAUCUGCAGGGAGGAGUUUGAGCUGAAGCCCCAGGUGCUGCUGUCCUGUUCCCACGUGUUUCACAGGGCAUGUCUCCAGGCCUUUGAGAAGUUCACCAAUAAGAAGAGUUGCCCCCUGUGCCGCAAGGACCAGUACGAGACGCGUCUGAUUCACGAUGCGGCCCAGCUCUUCAGGGCGAAGUGCGCCACCAGGAUCCAGGCAUGCUGGAGGGGGCACGUGGUGAGGAGGUGGUACCAGCACCUGAGGCGCAUCGUGCCACCCUCAGACCCAGUGUUGCGCCGGAAGUUCUUUGAAGACAAGUUCACAGAGCUGAGCCAGCGCCUGCUGCGCUCCUACCAAACCAAUGUGGAUGAGCUGCUCUCGGAAGUGGAGCACUGCCUGGCCCUGAACCGCGGCAUCCUGCAGCAGCUGGAGGAGUCAUGGGUCCAUGAGCUAUCAGGGCAGGACUGGGAGCGGAUCCAGGCACAGGCACUGCAGCGGGAGAGCUCCGAGUGCACCAUCUGUCUGGGCCCACUCCAGGUGCCAGGGACCAGCCGUGCCACAGCCCUGCUGUCGUGCUCACACCUGUUCCACCACACCUGCCUGCUGGCCCUCGAAGACUUCACCGUGGGGUACACCUCCCCUUGCCCUACCUGUCCCCUCUGCCGCUCCUGCUACCAAAAGAUAAUUCUGGAAUGUUGA